AUGGUUGCAGGAGACGGGGGCAAUUCCCCCCAGCAAUCUUCUCAUGCACAUUCAAUAAGCCAUGCGUCUAUCGGUGAGAGGAACGACGAUGAGUUUCGCACUGAAAAUGAAGAGUUUAUUGAAGAGGAAGGAUAUUCAUCCGUUGGUGCUGUGUUUUCAAAGUUUCUGGAAAGGGUGCGCCGUACACAUCCAUCGCGUAUCGCUUGGGUGCUCUUCCUCAUAUUUCUUGUGACAAGCGGAAAUGCAAUGCAAGUCGUAGGACUGAAUUUUUGGCUUCGUUCUUUCCCGAAGGAUGGGGCACCAGGGAAUUUUACCACACUUGCCGUUUCUUCCUUGUUGUUUGGAUUAAUCUUUUUCUUUAUGUUGGUGGUGUACAUUAUUGUUGCAAGGCCAUCUCUUGCAUAUCUUCGUUGUGCUUGCGGAUGGCGAAUAUUAUUCCUUAUUGGUUUAGCAGACGCAGUGAACAGUUACAUGGCCAUAUAUGCCGCCUCGCAUACACCUGAAGUGCUACAGGCUUUGUUUACAAGCCUUGUGCCAGUCUAUGCCGCGGGGUUUACCAAGUGGAUUCUAGAAGACACGAGGAAAUAUUGGAAUGUUUGGAUCCUCACAUCCUUCUUCCUUAUUGUCUCUGGGGUGGUGGUGGCCUCGGCGUACCACUUUGCACAUGGCUUUGGGGGUGAUUCAAAAGGGAAGGCAUGGUGGAGUUUGAUCUUUUUCUUCUCCGUUCCACCCACGGUGUUGAUGAACAUCUGGCAAAAUUUGUACAUGAUUCAGUUUACGUAUGAUCCUUCCCCCGAAGAAAGUCAUUUUUUCCCCCCACAACCUCGUCGUCCACGGCGAGGUAGUAUGAUGUUUUCAGAUUCAGUUAAAAAGAACGGCGAAGAAGAAUUCAACGCUGACGGAAAUGAUGGCGAUGCCGCCUUCUCUCCCUGUGAGACGACGCAUGCGCCAGAGAGUUCCAACGGCGAAAGGCAUCGUUUUGGAGAAAUUGAGAUACCCUCUACGCAAAGUAUGCAGGGUACCGACACCGUUGUGAAACUUGUCAUGCUGGCUUGCGGCACGACGAUUCAAUUCGUUUUAAUUAUGCUCACUCUUCCUAUGGACGCCAUUCCUUGGUGGGGAGGCAGUAAAAGUGUACAUGACGCAUGGACGAAUUUCUAUGAAGGAAUUCGGUUUGUAUUCCAUUCUAGUAAAAAUUCCCUUUACUGUAUGGUGUAUACCCUGGGGUUUUUAUUUACGUACGUUGGUUCAGCCUACCUCAACCAAUACAGUGUCACUUUAUGUUCCAUGAUUGGUCAACUUUCAUCGCCUUUUACAGCCCUAAUACUUAUCAUUGUACCCAAGUGGAAUUUGGAGAAGGGUUACACGCCAUGGUACCUGAGUCUAUUGGCGAUUGUUUUUCUGUGCGUGGGUUCAUUUAUCUACACAUUGUGGGAGGAAAAGACGGAUGAAGAGAAAAGGUGCGGGGAACGCCGGUUAAAAGAGAAACUUAUGCUUGAAAUGCAACAUUCGGCUUUAAGCACACGGCUGAGAAGCAAUUCGACCUUUAUCUUCACAACAGAAGAGUAG